GUCAUCCUGCUAUGUGAGCGCACCGGAGGCUACUGCGGUAAGAUGCGGCGACGCACGAUGCCGAGCGGUGGAUGACAUGAUGCGCAAUGGCCGAACGAGUGUGGGGGGGGAGAGAGACACGGAAAUAAGAUUCACUGCGUGGUGUUAAGCUCUAAUUUAGACGAUGGCACAGAAGUGAAUGCAUGUUUGACUCGUUUGUAGUGCUGUAGCGCCAGUGGUGCAGGCCGAGUGGAAGGAUGUGGCGGCGCUGAUCCCACUAAAGGACGCUCCACAGCCCGAGGACGGUUGAAUAAAGGCUUCGUCAGUAAACAACGAGGACGCACAAAGACAUUAAGUAAAGGACACUUAAUUCAAAGCCUGGACCGGGGACACUGAGGCAUCGAAUGAGCUAAGAAACAAGCAAACCUUUCAUCGGGCAUCCCUUUCAGGACAUAAAGGCUGGGGAUAGUGUUUCCAGGUGGUUUUAUGACAGCUGAGUCAGUCCUCAGUGAGAAAGACAUGAAGCUCUGAAGAAGGCAUCGCUGAGCAUCAGUCUGGUAGAAAACAAACGUCUCAUUAUCCUCUCUAUCAUCGGCGCUGACAGCUGGACGUCUGACCUGGGCGUUUCUUUUCUUCGCCAGGAGACUCUCAAAGAUAAGGAGCGAUUAAGGGGAAACAGAAGCACAACUCCAUCUCGCUGUCAGGAAAACAGUCCAUUCUAUUUUUGUCUUUGUGUCCAAAAACUCAGAUGCCGUUUGAGUGAACUGAGUCAGCUCCCUCUUGCGGUGUCAAGUAAAUAUAUUCUCCCUUGUCAGAAUGAAUCAGUAAGACAUUCUCAAGAGUAUUUCAGCUACUGCAUAAUGCUUAGGGUAUUUUUUCCAAAGUCUGAUCUUUUUUCAUUUGAGCUUUCACGCUCUGAAUCAAGAAUAGACUCUUGAUAGGGCCAGCAUUCUCUCUUACAAAUGAGAAUUCAACUUGACCUGACAGGCUGCGUUUUAAUAAAGUAUAAGCGAGGACGAACCAAUAAAACAUAAAUGAGGCCAACAACAAGCACCAUGCUCCAGCAGAAUAACAACAACAACUACCCCUGCCUGAAUGUGUCAGGCUCCACCCGGGAAAUGCUCCAGAAGUGCUCCAGAGCCUCUCUGCCCUUCCCCAGCCGGCUGGAGCUGGGCCUGGGAGACCUGCCGCUCAUCCGAGGCCUCCGAGCCUGGGCCCUGUGCUCCAAGAGCCGCCGAAAGGCUGGUGGUGUGCUGGGAGGAGGACAAGCCCCCACAGCUCUUCCUGCGGUCCGCGGGGGUUCGACUUCCUGCCCCAGGCCUGCAGAUGUAUACCUGAGCGGGGAGUGGGGUCGCAUGGGGUACGGGCUUCCCUUGGGACUGGAUGCCAGGCAGGCUGGGAUCGGAGCUUUGGUAACAGUUGCCACUCUGAAGACCUCAGAGGGCGGUGGGAAGACCCAAACUCAAUGCCUCUUCCUCCGGACUGAGAAAGGGAGCUGUUUGUACUCCACAGCUAAGCCCAGUUCUGGUGUGACUAACAGUGCCGCCUCCAGCGUGGUUGGGGGAUGGCUGAGAGGGAAGACAGGAGGAGAAGGAGGAGGAGGCAGAGACAUCCCAACCGGGAGAAGGGACAAUGGGCCAACUCCGCCGGCACAUACCGGAGUAAACCGCGUUAGGGUGCGAUCCGGCCGGCGAUGGAGGAAGUCCAGUAAUGCAGCAGCUCGGGAGAAAACAGGCGUGAGCAGAGAGAGGCAUCAGAGUAGCAGGGAGGAUCCCGCCGGAGAAAUCCCUCUGGAAGAAAGGCAGGAAGAGCGAGACAAAGGAGGCCUGGCCAGUGAACAGUUUCCCAGCCCGCAGCAGGACAGCAGGAGAGCCAGACAGGGGAAAGAGGGAGCAUGCAGAAGUCCUAGAUGCUGCCACAAUGCUUCUCUCAAAACCUGUACUCAGUGUGGAAGGAAAGCACAGAGGAGGGAAAGCCAGGAUCCACACGAGGGAGGUGAAAGUCCAAGAAGAGGCACCUCAAACAGGCUGAACAGUGAGGUGAAAGGAAUGAAGAAGGAGAGGCAAAAGAAUGUGGAGGAGGAGAAAGAAGGCCUCUGCACAUUAGAGUCAUCUUGCUCUGUUUUGGCUGUACCAAACCCUGACCUAGAAUUGAACCACUUUCACCCAGAAUCUCACAGCGGCUGUGAUGUCGAAGAGAUCAGAGAAGCCGAGAGCAACGAGGAGCUAAAGACACAAACCUCUCACGGCACGGACGACUAUUCAGAGAGAGAGGAGGAUACAGACUCUGAGGUUAUGAAAAUACAUACCGGACUUAAUGAUUUCAUUCAUGGCCACUCUGGACCGGUGACAGAUGACUUUACAUCAAGACGUAUCAGAUAUUGUGACAGAAAACAAAGUGUAAAAGAAGUAAUAGCAGCUAAUGUGAAUGGAUUUUCGGAUCACGUGGAGGCAGAUCAAGAAUCCGAAAAAGAGAUGGAGAGGGCGGAUGUUGAAGAGGAGGAAGGGAGCUUCAAUCAGACGCCUGCAGGAUUCUCGGUUGUAUCUGACUGCUAUGAGGACGUCGCUGUCUCCACCUGCCCUGCACCCAUCAGCACUGCAGUCUCUCCCGAGCACCCCGCCGCUGUAGAGGGCAGCAACUGCAAUGCUGACCGUGACACUUGUGGUGGUCGGAGAGAGCAGGAGAACAGCAGGGAAGAUUCCCUCGAGGGGUAUCAACAAGGGGUAGCAGACCCAGGGAUUGUUACGGGUAAAGAAGAACUGGAUGUAAGCAGAUUUGAGCAACAAGACCUGAACUGUGCGGCUGGCGAGGACAACACUUGGAACGAGAACAAAAACGGAAAACCUCUGUUGUUCUUUCAAACUGUGGGAAACGGCAAAGAGCUGAAGGAGAGAGAAGCUCCAUCGUCGCCUCUCAGACAAGUAGCUCCUUCCAUUUUUGAGACAGACAGCAGAAACGUUACAGAAAACAGUCGCCACCGUUGUACAACUGAGCUUAAUGGAGCCGAGCGGAGAGAUGAGCUGGUGUGGGAUGUUAGAGAAGAGGAGUCACAGGAGGAGAAUACAGGGGCCAGAGUAAAUCCCAGGGAAGGGGAUGAAGAGAUUAGAUUAGAGAUUUGGAGCACCUGCAACGAACCGGAAGACGGCGAGGGUAAAGGCGAUGACGAUAAAGAACGACACCCUGAGGAUGACUUGAAUGACAGUACCGUACAGGAGGAUAAUGACAAAGAAGUAACGAAAAACUGUGCACUAAAAGACAACUGGAGGUCAGAGGAGUCGGCAGAGGGAUGCUGUGGAAGGAAGAAAGAGGUUGGAGCCACCUGUGGACAAACCAGCAUCAGCCAUGUUGAAGCGAAUGGAGAGACCAGCACCAACGUCACAAAUGUUGCCUGUGCUGAUCCCGCCAACGCUCUUGCACACUCCCUGGCUAAUCCUCCCCCCUUGUUGCCUCCCCUGGGAUCCAUGGCAACAUGCCUGCCCUGUCUGGAGAAGGAGGAGGAGGAGGAGGCGGAGGAGGAUAAGGAAAGGGUCGGCAUUCCAGCAGGAGACCUAAAAGAAGGCCAGGAAGGGAAGAGGAGGCUCGGGAGACAGGUGGAAGAGCACGGCGAGGUGGAAGAGCACGGCGAGGUGGAGAGGGGCUCCACCGUGGCCACUGAGGAGGGGAGGAAAGAGGAGGAGGAGGAGGAUAAGGAGGAAGAUGAGUUUGGAGUAUUCAUGCAGGCGGAGGGAGAGCCAGCCUGCAGCGAGGGAUACACCAUGUCUGCCUCAGUGCCUUGUGGGAGCAGAGCAAGUGUUGCACUUGGAAACCACGCCAUCACCGGGGAGUCGACCCACUGGACAACAGGCUGGACAGACAGCUCCUUCCACCAAUCAGACGACACCUGGACAGCUUUUCCUCAGGAUUCGUCAGAUGAAGGCCGAGACAUGGUGGGACAGUGGUGGCCAACCAGCGCAGUGGAGGAGAGCAGAAACAGCCUCUCGGCCAAUCAGAAUCUGGCGGCUGUCUUUGCUGAAGCCUUCCCCUCGCUGCCUGCUUCAUCUUCAAGUGACCCCUGUGACCACGAUACUGUUCCCACACUGACCCAGCUCCUGAGGGGCAGAGCCAGCCAGGACCAGGGGCUGUUGGACAGUUUCCAUGACUUGAACAAAAUGAUAUGCCAGAGAUACAAGAGAGAGAAUGGCGUGUCUCGUGACCUGCUGCUGAGGACUUUGCGCCUGGCGCAGCCGCACACUGAAAGCAGACCUGCUCCCUGGACAUCCAAUCGCCGUCUCUCCCCCGGCCUCCCCUCGGCCAAUCAGCACGCUCAGAAUGCUGCCGCUAAGCGACGGCUGUCAUAUGACUACAACAGAAACACCAUGGAGUAACUGAGCGGGUUCAGCUCUGGUUGGACUGUGAUUGAUCAACGUUUUCCUGAAGAACUGCAGGUUUUAACCCCAGCAGGGCACAACGGACCAACAGCAGGUUUCUCAAGACUCUGGAUUAACAACAUGUGUACUACCUGCCAGUCAAAUACUGAUGGAUACACUCCCUGGUUAAUUAAGCCUGAGCCGCAGAGAAGCCGUAACCUGGAUGAAAAUGGAACGACGGUUGUGCUUCAGAUCUAGUCUCCUCCAGCUCCUGUAGAUGGUGGAGUGUUUCCAUUACACAUGUGCCACUUGUUCACCACCACCACCACCACCACCACCCUCCUCCUCCCGUUUUAUAUUUUAAUUUUCCUAUUCGACCCUGCUAACAGCAGGAAGAGUCAAGAACAUUAUAUCACCACGCCAACCCUGAAAUAUUUCCUUCCUGUUCUUUUAUUAUCUAAGAUUUUAAUUCUACCUAAAUAGAAAUAUUUCUCUUUGUCAGAGCUGCUGUUUUCGGCGGAAACUGUCUCAUUGUUUGAAUGAAAUCUCAAUGGGUUGAGUCGCACAAAAGGGAAUGAAUGAUUUUGGAAGGUCAGCAUGCUUUGCUAACUAGUUCAUCCGUAUUGAUAUAAGCAAAUAUUUCUUCCUCACUCUUCUCCUUCUCUUAUCUUUUGCUUUUUGAUUAAAGAUGAGAUAGUUUUCUUUUCCAGAAUAGUGUCACUGUGGCUCCACCAAAGAGUCGUCCAACUCAACCAAUGAGAUUGUUUCUUUUUGUAGAGCAGCUCUGCCAGAAAGGCUGUAGAACUGGUGUUGUGUUCGUGUCAUGUGGAAGUGGAAGAAAGCAAUAAGAGCAAAUUAUUUCUAUUACAACUUGCAACCAUUUAAAUUAUCAUACAGUUCAAGAUGGCAGUUGGCAAUGUUACGGAUAGUGAAAUUUGCACACGGAAAUUAUUCUGAAGGUAUUUAGCACUAACCUGUUUGGGUAUUAAGAAAAAAUAAAUAAAUUACAUUGUUUUUAUAACAUACACGUUCCAUUUACAAAUUAAUGUGACAUAAAGCUUCUGUCUGCCUCCCAUAAAUGAUGGGAAUGAGACAAAAAGCAUUUAGUUUAUUUAUGGAGCACAUUUCAAGCCAAUUCAACGUUCUUUACAUAAAACAUUAAAAGCAUUGAGGCAAAGUGCAAAAGAAAUGCACUACAAUUAAAACAGUCAUUAAAGAGCCAAGAGAAUAGGAAAUGAAAACAAGCUCAAAUACAGUAAGCUAUAAAAUACAAGAAUAACAGUUAGAGUGCAGACUAGGAAAUUAAUUAUUUGAUUUAAUAAAAGGCAGAAGCAAACAGAAAAGUCUUCUGAGAGUUGCAGCGGACCUGUAGUUUUCUGGGAGUUUGUUCCACAUAUAUGGUGCUUUAAAAACGGAACGCUGCUUCCCCAUGUCUUGUUCUGACUCUGGGGACAGAAAGCAGACCCAUCACAGACAACCUGAGAGAUCUGACAGGCAAACAACAACAACUUUUUUUUUUUUUUUACUCGUAACCUACCACCUGCCACUACUACGGGUGCUAAUUUAUGAAGCGCUACUAUGGGUCGCAUUAGAGGGUAUUUUCGUAUAGUUUGGAGAAGUGGUUAAAACCUGUAAUGUAUAUCUAUGGAUGCCAACAUAUCUCUCCAGAUGUAAACAUCAGCUAGAUUCAUGCAAACGUCAAAGCUCAUGUCCCUCCCUUUGUGUUUCUGAAUGAGUGAAGUAACAGAAAAUCAUGUUAUCCCACUGGGGAGCAAAGUAAAGCAUUAUUUUUACUGGCAGAAUGCUGACGAUGCGUCCAGAUGGGAUGAGUCUUACAUUUUUGAUGCAUGUGCUUUCAUUGUGUGUUUGUGCUACAGAAAAGCCAAUGACGAGAAAGAAUCUUGAAAUAAUUUUGGUUCCUCAGAGAAACAAGUUUGUCUUCCAGUUAGUGCCAACAGGAACACCAAUGAAAGUGCCAAUGUUUACGAGGUAACGGAAGCGAAGCGGAUUCAGGAGGAAACGCUGCCUCUGGUUUCUCAGAGACACUGAAGUAGACUCAAACUAAAAUGUUGGCAUGUGAUGUUUCUCUGUUUUCUUUGUCUUUCCGUCUGGCUUCCUGUUUGCCUUUCUCUCUUUCAGCACACUCACAGCUGAGUCCAUGGGCGUAACUUCUGAAUCUAGCUGCCAAAUCAAAACACUGUUUUUGUUUUCUGAUAAUAUUGUUUACAUUAUGACCACGUCAAUGAUGCACUGUACAUUUUUUAUUUCGACAUUCUAUUACAUUUUCUCACCUCAGAAGGUUUAUUUUGCUUGUAUAUUUCAAUUGUCAACUCAAAUCAUUUGUGAUGAAAUUCAGAAACAAUCGAGUGUGUGUGUCUGUCAUUUGUACAAACUACAAAUUGCUGAAAAAGAAAAGAUGAAUAUUUUCUGAUCCGUCUCAAAUGAGGAAGCAGUUGCCGCCUUGUUAACUGACGUAAUAAAAUGAUACUGUGUGAUGGCUGA